AUGCCAGCCAUGACGUCUACCCCUCAUCGUGCUCUGUACUGCAAUGACAUACUCGAGGAGAUCUUUCUCAAACUACAGGAGCAGGAUGAAGAUGGCACGCGGUCGCUUGGCUCACUCGCCAGAGCUGCCGUAGUGUGCAGAGCGUUCUCGUCCUACGCGUUGGACGCGCUGUGGGCAGACGUCGACUCGCUGAAGCCCAUCCUACGAUUUUUCCGGUGCUAUGAUCUCACGAAUCCGAAGACGACGGCGUGCAUGGAGCGCACCAUCGAUGCUCAGUCGGUGUCGAGGUUUCAAGAGUAUGCGUGGCGCAUCCGUGCGCUGCAUGUCCACUCCGAGCACGACCAGAGCGCGCGCUCCGCAUUCCUCCUCGCCCUGUUCAGACAUGAACGUCAUUCCGCCGCUCUGUUCCCCAACCUGCGGCGCCUCCGGUGGCAAGCCCUCUUCCUGCCCGAUCCAGGCCUACAGCUCGUCCUAACCCCCUCUGUCCGCCAUGUCGAGCUGAAUUGGGACGAUCGGGACUGGAACGAGCGGUGGGAUGCGCCCGUCGAUGGGUCCGCAGUGAUCUCUCAGGUCCUGCAUACCAUGCAGAAGGAGCUGCUCGAUCUCGACGAGCUCCAUCUCAGCGGUAUUUGCGAAGCACUGACGUUCCCGACUCUGAAUCAUUGGACACAUCUUCGUGCCUUCGGCUCACGAGAUCUCACCGUCGACGUACCGAACUUCGACGUUCUCUCCCAAUUGGUGAACCUGCAGGAGCUACAGUUCUCGGCUUCAGACGAGGUCGCACACCAUACGGUCCAGAGUGGUUUUCUCAGUCUACGAUCCCUUAUCAUCUCCGGAUCAUCAGCCCGCAUCGCCUUGUCCCUCCCUUCGUUCCGGCACUCACCACACCUGCACACUCUCCAACUGCACACAGACUGGCGCGCACCGUCCCAGGUGGCGCCUCACCUCUUCCAGGCGCUCUCCGACCUGCGCCACAUCGAGCACUUCCUCCUCGACGCGGAGUCGAUCGGCAUCCCCAGCUUGACCGACAACAUCAGCCCGACCAACACCCCCAGCCUGACCGACGUCCCCGGACUCUGGCGCGGCCUCAAGACGUGCACGAUGUCGAUCCGCUGGCCGUACGGACAAGCGCUGUCGCUCCCGCUCGAGCUGCUCCUCGCGUUCGCGCGGCAGUGCCCGCGCCUCGAGGCGCUCUCCCUACCCCCCCUCGACUUCCGCCCGGUCCUCCCGCCCAACGCGCCCCCGGAGACGGCCGUGCUGUCGCGGUCCCUACGCGAGCUGAAUGUGAGUAAUAUGGUCGACGGCGUGCAGUGGGAGUGGGAGGAGGCGCUGCCGCUGUUUGUGGACCGCGCGUUCGCCGCGCUGGACCUCCGGCGGAUGGCGCGGAGUGCGGAUAGGAGGGUCGAGAAGCCGUCGCCGCCGUUCGACGAUAAGUGGCUGCGGUGGGCGGCGGUCGUUGAGAAGGUGAAGGCGGUGCGGGAUAGACGGAGCGGGGGCGGGGCGUACCAGUGA